CGGGGAUACGUCGCAUCAGAGCCAGGGAGUUGCUGAAGAUCGCAUGUCCAUCCUAGCUCCUCUGGCGCUCCCCACCAGCUAUUAGACCUCCUAUUAUUUCUUCUCACCCUUCUCCUCUCUCUUUCUCUCUCCCUCUCUCCUCUCUUCCAUCGAUCUCAUCUCCUCCCUCCCAUCCCUCUGCUGGCCAUUGCCAUCCGCCCUCCUCCAGUAAAACAAACCCAGCUCAUCUCUGAAGCAAAGCACUGCUUGCUCGACUCGGUUAUUCGCCCCCAUUUCAUUCUACACAUAUCUGCAUAAUGGCCGCCAAGGCUCUCCCUACUCAUCUCAAAGCCCCCGCGAAUGAUUUCUCCUCUGGUGGUUUCGGGGGAAGCACCAUGGGAAGUCCCAGUCUCAUAUGGUAAGUUGCACUAUGUUCUGGCCUGUUUAAUUGGGAAUGGGGAAGAAGGAGGUUCAAAAAGAGAAACAGUGAAGAGGGAGAGUGAGUGAGGAGUGAGAGAGAGAAAGAGAGACGCACGGGAGAUUGGGGAAGCUACUUGCCAACAGGACCAGUAGUCGCGUUUAGAUGCGUGGAUGUGUGAAUGCUUCCUUCUGUAUUCACUGUCUGGUCUCAGACCUCACCCAGCUUGUCUUACUCAUUGGCAGGAGAUUCUCUCCCCUCCUCUCUCUCCUCUUCAUCCUCCACCGCCCCCCAUUCCAACAGCUUGCAUCGAUACACUCCUUAUCAUCCUUGCAUUGCCCCACAUUCGUUUUGUCUACAGCUUAAUUUGUGUCUAUUUUCUAUUAUCGUCUAAUCUUUUCCCUACGAUCGCAUCAUGUCUCCUCUACUGACUUCUGGUGCCCCCAAACAGGCGUUCGAGAAUGCCUCCACCAGCGUUGCUGCGUCUCAGAUGCGAAAUGCUCUGAAUGCUCUCGCGGAGACCGUUCCUGACUCUUCGGAGAAGAAGCGUUUCGAGGCUGAGAUGGACAACUUCUUCGCCCUCUUCCGUCGAUUCCUCAAUGACAAGGCCAAGGGCAAUGUGGUCAAUUGGGAUCGGAUUGCCCCUCCCCAGCCCCAGCAGGUCGUCAGCUACGAGGAUUUGGGUAACGAGGCGUCUGUUGAGUUCCUUAAGAAGCUGGCUGUUGUGAAGCUGAACGGUGGUCUUGGUACAUCCAUGGGUUGCGUUGGCCCCAAGUCCGUCAUUGAGGUCCGUGAAGGCAUGUCCUUCCUCGAUCUCUCUGUGCGUCAGAUUGAGCAUCUGAACCGCACCUACAACGUGAACGUGCCCUUCGUCCUGAUGAACUCCUUCAACACCGACCAGGACACUCAAUCUAUCAUCAAGAAGUACCAGGGACACAACGUUGACAUCAUCACCUUCAACCAAUCCCGUUACCCUCGCAUUAUCAAGGACUCCCUUCUGCCUGCUCCUAAGAGCUUCGACGCACCUCUACAGGACUGGUAUCCCCCCGGUCACGGUGACGUCUUCGAAUCGCUGUACAACUCGGGAACGCUCGACCUGCUUCUGGAGCGUGGCGUCGAGAUCAUCUUCCUAUCUAAUGCCGACAACUUGGGUGCCGUUGUCGAUCUGCGUAUCCUGCAGCACAUGGUUGACACCCAGGCCGAGUACAUCAUGGAAUUAACGGACAAGACCAAGGCCGACGUCAAGGGUGGUACCAUCAUCGACUACGAUGGCAAGGUUCGUCUUCUGGAAAUCGCCCAGGUGCCCAAGGAGCACGUCAACGAGUUCAAGUCCAUCAAGAAGUUCAAGUACUUCAACACCAACAACAUCUGGAUGAACCUGCGUGCCAUCAAGCGUGUGGUCGAGGAGAACGAGCUGGAGAUGGAGAUUAUCGCCAAUGAAAAGUCCAUCCCCGCUGACAAGAAGGGCGAGGCCGACCAGGCUAUCUACCAGCUGGAGACGGCUGUUGGCGCGGCCAUCCGCCACUUCCGCAAUGCCCACGGUGUCAACGUUCCGCGCCGUAGGUUCCUUCCCGUCAAAACCUGCUCUGACCUGCUGCUCGUCAAAUCCGACCUGUACCGCCUCGAGCACGGCCAGCUGGUCAUGGACCCCAACCGUUUCGGUGGUGUUCCCGUCAUCAAGCUAGGAUCGGACUUCAAGAAGGUGUCGGACUUCCAGAAGCGCAUUCCUAGCAUCCCGAGGAUCGUCGAACUGGAUCAUCUCACCAUCACCGGUGCCGUCAACCUAGGUCGCAAUGUGACGUUGAAGGGCACUGUGAUCAUUGUGGCCACGGAAGGCAGCACCAUCGACAUCCCGCCAGGCUCUAUUCUCGAGAACUGCGUUGUCCAGGGCAGUCUGAGGAUCCUCGAGCACUAAUCUGGACCAGGGUCCACUAAUUCUUCUAUUGCCUUCAAUUCAGUUUCCGUUUUCUUCUUUUUGAGUUCCUGCUCUCUUCUGGAGGCCAGUGCAUAUUUCUAUUAACCUCGAACGUGACUAGAUAGUACAUGCUGGGGGGAGAACUGCGCCGGCCUGGUAGAUAGAUCGAUUUUGUUUUCGGUUGAUUGUCUGGGAGGCGCACGCACGGCAAGGGAAAUUGCGCGGGGAGACUUAUGCAAGGCGACCCGUGAUUUUUUGCAAGGGAUCCUGUUCAUUGUUUUAUAUGCAUCUUUUAAAUUACAAAAUAGGAGAUUUUAAUUCUGCACCGUGGUAAUUCC